AUGGCGGCUGAAAAGAAGAUCCAGGUCAUGUCCUAUUAUCGUAUGAUAGACUCCAUUGAGUUACGAGCGGAAAAAUUGCUUUUGUUUGUGCGUUCGUUUGAUACCGAGAAGCAAGAAAGUUCACUUCUCGAAGACAAGCUUGAGUCGAUUGACCAGAUGCGUUCUUUAUUGCAUGAAACUGAAGUUAAAUUAUAUGGGGUAAUUAAGGAGGAUGAGGUUGGGUCUCUGCAGAUGACGAUUGAGAAGAUAGAAGAUUUGUUUGAUGAUAUUCGUCACCGAGUUCGAAAGAUUAUCCGGGAAAUUGAUCCUCCCAAGCCGAUAAGUGCCCCAGCAACUAUCCAUUCAACACAACACCUCCAUACAAAAUUGCCAGAUAUUCCUCUUCCCCGAUUCAAUGGCCAAUUGGAAGACUGGCUGACAUUCGAGUCCCAAUUUAAUUCUUUGAUUAAGCGGCGUGAAAGUUUGUCAGAAAGUAAGAAGCUAUUCUACCUGAAGGCUGCCAUCCAAGAUGGUUCAGCCCGUCAUGUCCAGUCCUCCGAAGACAAUUUUUCAUCACUCUGGAAGGCAUUAUGUUCAGAGUUUGAGAAUAAGCGAUUGUUGGUAGAUAGGCAUAUUGCUCAGCUGUUUCAUCUGAAACCUUUAGUUCGCGAGUCUGGAUCCGCAUUACGAACUUUACUGAGUGACGUUACUCGUAACAUAAGAGCUUUGGCUAAUCUUGAGCUAAAAUAA